AUGGCUACACAGAGCUGCUACCGCACCGACACCGCGCAGACGAAUGCCGGACAGCGUCUCGCCCGACAGAAUGCCAAGUCGGCCGGCAGCACCGACUACAAACGCUCGCCAGGCCAUGCUCAAGUCCUUCACGAGUGCACUCAGACCAAAAGCCGGGACACCAGCAAGACCACGCCCAACAAGCCGAAACUACCGGCUGUCAUGUGGAGCUUGAUCUUGGACUUCGCAGGGACCAAGCACCGGCUCAUCAUCAGACACGACGACAAAGAUGAUCCCGAAGCAUUGCUUCAAACGCAACUCUUGACGCGAGCGCUGCAAGAAGCUGGCCUCAUACGUCGUUGGAGAGUUACGGUGCAAUGUCAGCUCCGUCGAUGCAUCCAUUGGUUCCAGCUGGAAAGCAGAAGAUGGAGUCUGUCAUGCACCAACUCGUUGCUAGCCACUCAGAAAGCCAUAGGCAACCAGCUUCGUGAGAUGACAUUGCCCAACGAGAGUAACGCCUUUCCGAACUGGCACGACAAGCAGAUCAAGCCCAUUCGAUCAGAAUACCUAGAAAUGGAAGCAGAGUUCCAAAUCGUGUUGACCGGAGCAGAUUUCCACCGCCUGACGUGGAGAUGGAUCGUCCAGAGGGCCAUUCCAAGCCUGAAGUCACCCGUCAUCCGGCAGCGACAGGCAACGGCCAUGGCUUCCCCCAAGGCAAAGCGCUUGAAGAACGACGGCGACCACGAAAGAAAGAAGCACAUCACCCCAAGCUCUUCAGGCAGGAUCACCCUGGAAAACCAGGGUUUGGGCAAACGCCUGCCGCCAAAGUUGCUCCGGCUCGACACGAGAGCAACGGAAUUUCCGCUUCGACCUGCAGAACUUCCGGCAUACCUUCCGGAAGAGUUCAUUGCGGAUCGAUUGCGAGAAGUGAAUGGCCAUGCUCGGGAUCGAGAUCUCUCCUUUUGCGCCAAGGAGCACGUUUACUUUUGGAAAGGGCACAGAAUCAAAACGUCCGUGACCCAAAUGGUUCAUUCGUUCACAGAGCCCUUCUGCGAAAAUCGAGUGAUCCAAGCCAUGAUGCAAGGAUCACGCUGGCCUCGCCCGGGCUACUUGAAACCCUUGUCAACCAACGAGCUCUCCAAGAUCCUGCAACACGCCCCCGGCACCGAACCCAUCCGAACAGAGCUGGCGAGCGAGAACCUGCAAGACGAAGCCGAUGUGUGCGGGCUACUACAAGCGCUGAGGCAAGCUUCAACCGACCGGAAUCAAAAGCAACGGCAGGUCCUGGAGGACACGUUGCGGACCGUGUGUAUGUCGGAGUCCGAAAUCUGCAGCAAAUGGGAGACAGCAAGAAACACUGGCGCACGGGAAGGAACUUGGAUGCACGCUCAGUUCGAAUGCUUGCUAAACGGAGGUUCGGUGCCCUCCCAAACACCCGAAAUUGCGCUCUUUCUGCGAUUCCUACGCCGCCACCCGGAUAUGGUCGCAUACCGGACGGAAUGGCGAGUCUGCGCAGACAGAGAAGACAUUGCUGGCAGCAUCGACUUCGUCGCAGAGCUCCAGGACGGAAGCAAGGUGUUGGUGGAUUGGAAGCGCACACGCAGCAUGAGCAAGAAGAGUGAAGCCUUCGGCAAAUUCCUACGUCCACCCUUGAAUUCCGUGCCCGACUGCGCCCUGUGGCAUUACCGCUUGCAGCUGAAUGUUUACCGCUACAUCGUCCAAGAGUACUACGGCCAAGUCGUGUCUUUCAUGUACAUAGUAGGCACGCACCCUGACAACGGCGACGAGCCCUGGGUCGAGAACGUACCGGUUCUGCACCACGAAACCCAAGCGAUGCUCCUUGCCUGCGCCGCCAAAAAGAAAAAGCACGCCCGCAAGAAAGACAGUCGAAGCAACCGAGGCAUGCCAUGGCAAAAUCGCUGCAGCACGAUCGUGCCGCUGCUGCCUCCCUAUCUCGAAAAGGCAGACCUGAUACCGCUCCUCCAGAUGGAUUCGAGAACGAGGGACGGAAGCGCCAAGAUCGUUCCCCGCAUACGGCGCAUCAUCCACGAGCUGCGCUUCGCACUGCGACCCCUGGUGGACGGUCGACUGCGCCUUCCCGGCUUGGCCAACCCAUACAAACUUCGCGUUCGAGCAUCGCGGCCACACGAAAACUUUUGGAAGGACAUGGAUAGCCAUCCCCAAGCUUCCACGAUGGGGACGCAAGAAGCCGCCAGAAACUGGUUGGAACAGGCCGGACUCGGCAGCUUGAAUCCCGCCGAAGCCGUGCUGGUGAUCAACGCCUGGCCGAAAGCAACUCGAGCGGCGGGAAUGCUGGUCAGCGACUUCUUGACCGCUUCGCGAGCCCGGUUCUAUUACAUGCCGUCCGCAGAGAUCAACGACGGAGCCCGCCUCAUCAUCAUCUUCCGGAUAGAAGGAUUCGAAGGAUCCAUCGAGACGAGCAACCCGCCGAGAUCCAAUUAUGUGAUCGGGAGCGCUUGCAACUGCGAGAUAACAGAUAGCAGAGUCGCUGCGAAAACCGAGGCGAACUUCCAGCGCGCGCCCGCCGGCCCGCAUAGCACAGGACGCAGCGCAGAAGCAAAAUAG